AUUAUUUGCAAUCAGUUACCUUCUUAACUCAGUCGGAUAAUAUACUGAAAAAGCACGCGUGUUUAAUAUCUAGGAUUAUGAGCCAAAAAUCGGUGAAAUAAAAACGUCGUUUUGAGCAAGUGUGUUGAAAAUACAUAUAUUAUUAUGUAAUGUCACUAUACUUGAAUUAAAAUUAUAUAAUAGGUAUAUCUAGUUAACAGAAUAAUCCAGAAAAGCGUUUAAAAAAUAAUAGUACAUUACGACACAAGUGCGAAAAAUAGGAAAUUCGAAACGAGUGGCGAUAAAUUAAAACACGACCGAAGGGAGUACCUGCUUGAAUUGUUACGAACUCAACUUACUGAUCUGGGGGCCUACCGCGAAAACCGAAAUUCGCAAAUUGCGGGGAUCUUUCUCUUUUACUCUUAGUAAGACGUCAUUAGAGUGACAGAGAAAAAUGCCCGCAAUUGACGAAUUUCGAUUUUCCCGGUAGCCGCCCUGCAGCGAAUACUGUUUAAAACAUUUUUAUCUCAAAGGUCACAAUCAUGACAAGGACUUUUCAAUUGGGAUAGCGAUACCACUCUGUCCGUGGCUCUCACCCAAGUUAAACAGGCAUUUUGAGUUGAUCCAAUUUUUUUUGUCACGUUGUUACUGUUACCUUUAUGAUGAUUAUUCUAUUUAAAAGCACGGGCUCAGCUCGACACGCAGUGGCGUUGUUGUUGCUGUCUGUCGUCCUGUUGCCUGGGCCUGGCGCACGUGCUGAUACUGCCACGAUGCGCCGCUGCGCGCACAAGCCGGACUAUCGCAGAGUACUUGAAACCGACCGGGACAUCGACGUCACGAUCUUAAACUUAAUCGAUUGCGGUCUAAACCAAACCGAGUUCGAAUCGGACGCUUUCGAUGGAUCCGUCCUCCCCAACUUGAAGGAGAUUUUGCUGCAUUUCAACAAUCUUGAGCAUCUCACCCCAGGAGUCUUUAGCCCUGUCGAUAACAUAACAGAACUGACCUUGUCCCAUAACAAGCUGCACGAGGUACCCGUAUGCGAUGCGCACUCACAACUCCCUCGCCUCAUAAAGUUAGUACUCAAUUUUAACUGCAUUGCCACAAUCAGUGAAAGCACCUUCACCACUUGUGCGAACCUAGAGUACUUACAUUUAGAUCAAAACGUUAUUAAGUACGUUCACCCGACGGCAUUUCUGAAAUUAACUAAUUUGAGAACUAUUUCUCUAAAUUAUAACAAUAUAACUAGCGUACCGGAUUCAAUGUUUAACAUAAAAUCAUUAGAUACGGUAAAUCUUCAACACAACUUGAUAGAGUACGUAUCGCCGAGAGCAUUCAGCGGCACUAAGCUUACUCAUUUAGAUCUGCACGGUAACAGAAUUUCAUUUUUACCUGAAUAUUUCAUGUCGGAACUCAACGGUGCUGGCGGCCAUCUCGAUUAUCAUUACUUUACCACGAACCCCUGGCACUGCUCCUGCUUGUUGGAACACUUGGCAGAUGUGAAGAGAGCUGGUGUUGUUCUUUAUUCUACUUGGUGGUACGACGGCAAAGAGCCCAUGUGUGUGUUCACCGGCAGAUAUGCGUGCCAUCGCCAUUAUCCCUCCCCGCUACUGCCCCAGAUACAAGCCGCGCUGAACUCCCAUUAGCCUAAUAACAUUUAGGAAUUCAACCAUCUUUCCAAACGGUCGAUUAUUCUUUACUACCUAUAACGAUACUGGUCUCGGGUGGCAUGUUUGCUGAAAAGUUGAGCAAGUUUAUCAAAGCCACCAUGUUUGCCUUGUAUAAAUAGUUUUAACAUUUUUACUGUAUUUGUGUGCACUGUACUGAACAAUAACGUGUAUCUAGUUUUAGUAUUUUUACUGUAUUUGUAUUAUUUGUCAGAUUUUUAUAGUGGUAUUUGUAUUUGAAUUUUAAAUUUGUUGAAAGAUUUACUUAUUUUAUAUUUACCAUGUAAGUGACUUGGUUUUGUACUGUAAACUUAUUAUGUAUGUAUUGAUUACUCAUAGAGCAUAUAUGAAAUAAACGACAUUGAAAGAAUCAGAA